AUGAGAGAUGCAGAUACUUGUACAAGAUUUCUUUCCGAAGCAGAUGAUGCUGUUUCAUUAGCAUUUAAAAAAUCAGAGAUACCUCGACUACCUCUUAUUUCGAUUGCAUAUCGUACUGGAAAUAUUCUUAGUAUAAAUGGAGAAAAUACAACUGAACAACAUGUGAUGAAUGCUCUUCGACAAAUGGUUCAGAAAUGGAAACAGCAAGGCAUAUAUAUUGAUAUCAGUGAUUUUACACUAUAUCCGAAACUAGACGCAUUCCCAGCUCGAUCUGUUAUGUUCUUAGAAUUGGUUGACGAAAAUUCUCAACGUGACAAUAAAGUAAUCAAUCAACAACAAAAAAAUAUUACAAAAUAA